UCAUGGCACAAGUAACCCAGGGGAAGGAGGCUUCAUCAAGUUUCUCUCAUCCUUUUCUUUUGGAUAAUAACUUAUUUUCAUCCAACCGUCCGGGGUCCGGGACACAGAAACAUGGCUGCUCUUUCAGCCUGGUUCUGGAACGAGCGGUUCUGGCUCCCACACAACGUCACCUGGGCGGACCUGGCGGACCCGGCCCCCGGGGUGGAGUACCCCAAAGCGGGGCACUUGUUUUCUGCCUUGCCGCUGGCUUUGGGGAUUUUCGCCUUGAGGAUUCUCUUCGAAAGGUGUGUUGCCAGCCCCUGUGCCCGGAGCCUCCUCAUCCACCCUGGUGUUGGACGAAGAGCUCAUCCUAAUGCGGUGCUGGAGAAAGUGUUUACAUCCAUCACAAAGUCUCCAGACUCUCGGCAUCUGGAUGGCUUGUCGAAGCAGCUGGACUGGGAGGUGCGAAAAGUCCAGCGCUGGUUUAGAAACCGCAGGAACCAAGACAAACCCAGCACUCACACUAAGUUCUGUGAGAGCAUGUGGAGGUUUACAUUUUAUUUGUGCAUAUUUACCUAUGGGUUCCGGUUUCUGUGGCAGACUCCUUGGAUGUGGGAUACUCGGCAUUGCUGGUACGGUUAUCCCUAUCAGAUCAUGACUCCGGGUCUUUACUACUACUAUGUAACAGAACUGGCUUUCUACUGGUCCCUAAUGUUCUCCCAGUUCACUGACAUUAAAAGAAAGGACUUCAUGAUAAUGUUCAUCCAUCACCUGGCGACGAUUGGUCUGAUCAGCUUUUCUUACGUCAACAACAUGACGCGAGUAGGGAGUCUCGUGAUGUGCGUACACGACGCCUCCGACUUCCUGCUAGAGCUAGCCAAGCUGGCCAACUAUGCCAAGUACCAGCGCCUGUGUGACUUCCUGUUCAUUGUGUUCAGUGUGGCAUUCUUCAUCACACGACUAGUUAUUUAUCCAAUAUGGGUCCUGAACUCCACUAUGUUCGAGAGCUGGGCCAUAGUGGGGCCGUACCCCUCCUGGUGGCUCUUCAACUUCUUACUGCUCGUCCUCCAAGUGCUGCACAUCAUCUGGUCCUACCUCAUAGCCCGUAUAGCUGUCAAAGCCGUGCUGAGGGGCAAGGUGUGCAACGAUGUCCGCAGUGACAUUGAGAGCAGCUCAGAGAACGAGCCUGACACGCCCACAGACGGUCCGAAGGCUUACUCUCAUUCUCCUAAGGGAGAAAACGGCACUAACGGCCACUGUGCUGCUGCCAAAGCUAGAGUGCAGAACCACAGCAGCUGGUGACACGAGGCUGGGAGCCCCCUGCAGUUCAUCCCAUAAUAUGUAAUAAGUGCUUUGUGUGUCUUUGACGUUCAAAGCUUACACCGACACACACAUUCACACACACACACACACUGAGGAUGGAUACACUGAUAUCUGCUAAGAGCCUCGUAAUGACAUGUAUGACACCUCUCAGAGGUGACAUGUAAAAGUGGAAACGUUAUGGAGAUCUGUUGAAGCAAGUGUUUUGUAUAGCCUUAUUUUUCAAACGAUGGGAUUGGUUUUGUGCCGAGUUUGGCUGCAGAUGUUGAUUGUUGGUUUUAAUGUUCUCUCCCAGUUUUAUUGGUCAGAUGAACUUGAUUAUUUUUCAGUUAAGGGUUAAAUCACACUGGAUCACAAAGGGCAGAAAACACUAAUUGUGUUGUAUUUUCAAUCUGUGAUGUAACAGCAGGUAUUUUAUGUAUAAUUAACUGGAAUAUGGUAUAAGUAACUUAUUAUAGCUGUGGUUUUAUCAGCUUUUAAAAUAUGCACCUGCUGUUUGUAUGAACAGAAGUAAACACUUGAGGCGUUUGCGAGAGAAGAGUUUGCCUACUGCGAUUCAUUGUAGAUUUUUCCUUUAACAAUGUUGUUAAGCUACUUUGUUUUGUACUACUUCUUCUGAGACCAAAUGUGUAUGAAAUUGUUUGCCACUGCCUUUAUAGGAAUCCAGGUAUGAGGACUUUACUAAAUGUCUCGUAUCACAUUCUCACUUGAGUGCCUUGUAAAAAUAUUUCCAAAUAUAUGCUCUUGUUGAAAGAUGUCUUUCAUGAUGGUGUCAUGUUUGUGAAUACAACAUUGCUUUGUGUGGUUAAAGCAUUUAAUAUAUUACAAAUCAAAGAAUUGUAGCCAUCCUCUUUUCUGAUACACUCACAACAUGGAUUUUACAGAAGCCUUUGAAGCAAUAUAUUCUUGGUUGAUUUUGCUUGAUGACAUUUUUAUAAACAACAUCUUGCUUGAGAGGGCACAAUACCCACACAA